CCUUGGCACGCGUUGUCAGCAGUUCCUAAUACUCGGCUUGCGGCGCUUCUACUUCUAAUCUUCUCGAAAGACUGUAGGGUUUUUGGGUUACUUCUGCUCGCUGUAUUUCUGAAGUCGGUGGCCCUCGAUCUCGACGGCCAAGAUAGCCCAGGGGUUUCAACAACCUUGUGGCGUUUUGCUUACAGAUUUCCUAUCGUCUUUAGGAAACCGGGGAAUCCCCAAUUACAAAUCCCAUUCAAGCUCGAGACCAUUGAAUAAGAGCAAAUGAUAGCUCGAGGCAAUGUUGAGUCUUGAACAUUCCGUGGUUGGGAGCUUCAUAGCCCACUUCUGGCUGCCCAUAGCAAUAUCAGUAAUUGUUACGUGGCUAGUUAGAAAUCGAUACCAUAAUGGUCUGAACAAGUAUCCAGGUCCUUUUCUGGCUUCAUUGACAGAUCUGUGGCGAUUAUGGGAUGUCUACGGACAGCGACCUGACAUAACACAUCGGAGGUUACAUGCGAAGUAUGGUGACAUCGUUCGCUUAGGCCCUAAUACUUUGUCCUUUGCAAACCCAAAGGCCCUCAAAUCGAUUUACGGUCUUAAUAAGGGAUUCGUCAAGUCCGAUUUCUAUGUUGUUCAACAGUCGGUAGUCAAGGGAGACUCGCUCGCUUCGCUUUUCAGCACGACAGACAAUGGAUUUCACGCACAAUUCAGACGAUGCGUCAAUUCGGCUUUUGCUAUGUCUGCUCUCGUCCAAUACGAGCCUUUUGUGGAUAACACGACCAAACUAUUUCUCAAGCAGACGGAAACACUAUUUGCUGGAAACCCGCAAGGAUGUAAUUUCACUCAAUGGCUACAGUUCUACGCGUUCGACGUAAUCGGAGAGAUUACUUAUAGCAAGCGCCAUGGGUUCGUCGAGAAGAAUGAAGACAUUGAUGGAAUAGUAGGAUACUUGGGAAACCUGUUCCUCUAUGUUGCACCGAUCGGUCAAAUCCCGUGGCUCGACCGCGUUUUCCUCAAGAACCCCAUCUACCUUAAACUCUCUCAAUGGGGAUUUAUCGAUGCAACAUUUCCGGUAGCGCGUUUUGCACGAGCUCGCAUGGCUGAGCGUUUGGGUCCUAAUCUUACAGGUGACCCCUCUAAGCCUCUUCUUCCGGUAUCCACGGAAGGCAAAGCCGAGCCUAAGUCACCCGACCUAUUAUCGAAAUUCCUUGCUGCGCGCGAUGUCCGACCCGAAUUCAUGAGCGAUACCCUAGUGCAGACAAUGGCUGUAUCUAUGGCAUUUGCUGGAUCUGAAACUACAGCUAUCUCAUUAGCAAGCGUCUUCUAUUAUCUGCUGCGCAACCCAUCUACACUUACGAAAUUGAAAAAGGAGCUUGACCAAGCUUCUCUGUCUGGUUUAUUCAGCGAUUAUGAGACCGGCCUCGUAACUUGGACGGAAAGUCAGAAGCUACCGUAUCUUGACGCUUGUAUUAAGGAGGCGUUCCGACUACACCCAGCCGCAGGUCUACCGCUCGAGCGUAUCGUACCCGAGCCAGGUGCCGAAAUCGCAGGCCAAUACAUCAAAGGCGGAACUAUCGUCGGAUGCUCGGCAUGGAUCAUCCAUCGCCGCCCUGAAAUCUGGGGUGACGAUGUUGACGAAUUUCGGCCGGAGAGGUGGCUUGUUGACGAGAAGCUCAAUAGUGAAGAGAAGAACGAACAAGAACGGCGCGUUCGCGAGAUGAAUGGCAUGAUGUUCCAAUUCGGCAUGGGAGCUCGCACGUGCAUCGGAAAGAACAUCAGUCUGCUGGAAAUAUACAAGGUCAUUCCCAGCCUGCUUCGGCGGUUUGACAUCCGCUUCAAAGACCCAAAUCAAGAGUGGAAGCUUAUCAACGCUUGGUUCGUCAAGCAAUCCAACUUCCAGACUAUGUUCGAAUUACGCGACUUGGUGAAGCCCGCGGAUAGCGAAAAACUGGCCACAGCGUAACCGGUGUCGUUAAAAGGGAGUUGACAAGUAGGCGGUGAUAUUGGAGCUAAUUGCUAUAUAAAUAGGUAAUGUAUUCUCCGUACAUACAUACAUGUGCGUCAUCAUGUCCAGGGGCUGGCAAGUACCUUCGUAAUGGGAUUAUCAAAUUUUAGACAUCCAUGUUUCUGAUCGAUCGCGUCGAUACGGGUAUAAUAAUGUUCUACUUAGACUUUGCGAAUCGCC